AUGAUAGGCAGAGGUACAUUUAUAACUUCUUUUAUUUUUUUGGUCUCUCUUUAUUCCUUUAUCCAUUUCUCUGUCUCCUUCUGUAUUUCCUUUGUCUUCUUUUCCUUCAGUUCAUCUUCCCCCUCCAAAUGCUGGUUGCUCUUAUUGCAUUUUUCAUGUCUGCUUUUUCUUUUCUUUAUUGGCUUCUUUCUCUCUCUCUGCUCCCCCUCUCUCUCUUACUCUCUUUCACCUUUGGUUUUUCACUCUCACUCUGCUUUAUCUUUGGUCUCUCUCUCUCUCUCUCUGUGCUUUGACUUUAGUCUCUCUCCGUCUGAGUUUUGCGUUUGGUUUUUCUCUCUCUUUCUGUGCUUCACCUUUGGUCUCUCUCUCUCUCUCUGUGCUUCACUUUUGGUCUCUCUCUCUCUCUCUCUCUGUUCUUCACCUUUGGUCUCUCUUUCUCUCUCUCGCUCACUCUCUCUCACUCUCUUCUUCACCUUUGGUCUCUCUCUCUCUCUCUUCACCUUUGGUCUCUCUCUCUCUCUCUCUCUCUCUCUCUCUCUUCUUCUUCACCUUUGGUCUCUCUCUCUCUUCUUCACCUUUGGUCUCUCUCUCUCUCUCUCUCUCUCUCUUCACCUUUGGUCUCUCUCUCUCUCUCUUCUUCACCUUUGGUCUCUCUCUCUCUCUCUCUCUCUCUCUUCACCUUUGGUCUCUCUCUCUCUCUCUUCUUCACCUUUGGUCUCUCUCUCUCUCUCUCUUCUUCACCUUUGGUCUCUCUCUCUCUCUCUUCUUCACCUUUGGUCUCUCUCUCUCUCUUCUUCACCUUUGGUCUCUCUCUCUCUCUCUUCUUCACCUUUGGUCUCUCUCUCUCUCUCUCUCUUCACCUUUGGUCUCUCUCUCUUCUUCACCUUUGGUCUCUCUCUCUCUCUCUUCUUCACCUUUGGUCUCUCUCUCUCUCUUCACCUUUGGUCUCUCUCUCUCUUCUUCUCUUUGGUCUCUCUCUCUUCUUCACCUUUGGUCUCUCUCUCUCUUCUUCACCUUUGGUCUCUCUCUCUCUUCUUCACCUUUGGUCUCUCUCUCUCUUCUUCACCUUUGGUCUCUCUCUCUCUCUUCUUCACCUUUGGUCUCUCUCUCUCUCUCUUCACCUUUGGUCUCUCUCUCUCUUCUUCACCUUUGGUCUCUCUCUCUCUCUCUCUUCUUCACCUUUGGUCUCUCUCUCUCUCUUCUUCACCUUUGGUCUCUCUCUCUCUCUCUUCUUCACCUUUGGUCUCUUGCUCUCUCUCUCUCUUCUUCACCUUUGGUCUCUUGCUCUCUCUCUCUCUCUGUUCUUCACCUUUGGUCUCUCUCUCUGUGCUUCACCUUUGGUCUCUCUCUCUCUCUGUGCUUCACAUUUGGUCUCUCUCUCUCUCUGUGCUUCACAUUUGGUCUCUCUCUCUCUCUGUGCUUCACAUUUGGUCUCUCUCUCUCUCUGUGCUUCACAUUUGGUCUCUCUCACUGUUCUUCACCUUUGGUCUCUCUCUCACUCUCACUGUUCUUCACCUUUGGUCUCUCUCUCUCUCCACUGUUCUUCCUUUGGUCUCUCUCUCUCUCACUGUUCUUCACCUUUGGUCUCUCUCUCUCACUGUUCUUCACCUUUGGUCUCUCUCUCUCACUGUUCUUCACCUUUGGUCUCUCUCUCUCACUGUUCUUCACCUUUGGUCUCUCUCUCUCACUGUUCUUCACCUUUGGUCUCUCUCUCUCUCUUCUUCACCUUUGGUCUCUCUCUCUCUCUGUUCUUUGGUCCUUUGGUCUCUCUCUCUCUCUGUUCUUCACCUUUGGUCUCUCUCUCUCUGUUCUUCACCUUUGGUCUCUCUCUCUCUCUGUUCUUCACCUUUGGUCUCUCUCUCUCACUGUUCUUCACCUUUGGUCUCUUGCUCUCUCUUCUUCACCUUUGGUCUCUCUCUCUCUCUCUCACUGUUCUUCACCUUUGGUCUCUCUCUCUCUCUCACUGUUCUUCACCUUUGGUCUCUCUCUCUCUCUGCUUCACCUUUCGUCUCUCUCUCUGUGCUUCACCUUUCGUCUCUCUCUCUGUGCUUCACCUUUCGUCUCUCUCUCUGUGCUUCACCUUUGGUCUCUCUCUCUCUGCUUCACCUUUGGUCUCUCUCUCUCUCUCUGCUUCACCUUUGGUCUCUCUCUCUCUCUCUGCUUCACCUUUGGUCUCUCUCUCUCUCUCUGCUUCACCUUUGGUCUCUCUCUCUCUCUCUGCUUCACCUUUGGGACGUGGCUACUGGAGCCACACAAGAACUGUCACGACAAAAGCCCACUGCUGGAAUGAAUAUGCCAUCCAGCAAAGGGCACUCUUUGGUUGGAGAUGGCCAACUGGCCAAAACAGGAGUUGGUGAUGAGAAUGAUCCCAUUCGAGGUAAUAUCGGAGCAAGAGAGAGCAAUGGCAGUGCAGACUGUAACAUGAGCUAUGCUUCAUCUAUAGUACAAAUGAUGGACCCUAAUUAUAACAGGAGUCGAAUUACCUACAGCCAAGCUGACCAUGGUCGAGCUCCAAUCGGACCUGAUGGGCCUUCAGUGGUCAGUCAUCACCAGCUGAUGGACAGCCAUCCCAGUUAUAAUGGCAGCAAUCAGGAACGGAGUCACCAUGCCAUCACUCCAGAUAAUGUCCAUCCUUCUGUUGGUCAUCAGCUGAUGGACAGUCACCCUGGCUAUGAUAGUGUAGCUCGGGAGAGGGGUCGUCAUUCAAUAACUCCUGAUAAUAUCCAGGCACACCAGUACCUGGCUUCUGCUCGAACCACAUAUGAACCUCCAACUGACCAAGGGCAUUCUGAUUCCCAGCAACUUUUGAGUGGACGACCAAAUUAUGAGGGUGUUCCAGACAGGAGGCCCACACUCACUCCUGAUAACCAAAAAACAAGGGAGACUGCCAAAUCCAUAUUGCUCAAUAACUCUAAGCAAAAAUAUUCACAGCAUGCAGGUGGUAUUGUUGACCCUCAGAUGAUUAAAUAUGAACUGCCAGAUUUGACCGGAAACAUUCCUCCUAUGGGGAAUGAAAAUUUGUUGGUUUCUGAUAACAAAAUGGGCCUUUGGAUACAUCCUCAUUUUAUCUCUAACUCUCUCUCUCUCAUUUACAUUGUCUCUCUCACUCUAUCUUUCUUCUGUCUCUCUUGGGUGCCUUCUAUCUCUCCCUUAACUAUUCUUAUGUGCCUUCUCUCUCUCGUUCUCUCGUGCACCUUCCAUCUCCCUCUACCUCUCCUUGUGUACCUUCUCUUUCUCUCUCCCUUGUAUAUAUUUUUCUAUCUCCCUUCUUCUCACUCACUUCCAUUAUCCUCAUUCGCAAUCAGACAUUCUCCUGGUUCUUUUUUCUUUUCUUUUUUUCUUUUCUUUUUUUCUUUUCUUUUUUUCCUUUUCUUUUCCUUUUUUCCUUUUAUUUUCCUUUUUUAUUAUUUUCUUUUUUAUUUAUUUUUGCUUCUCUCUUAA